AUAGGCAUCUGCACAUCUGUGCUGUGUUUACUGCGCUUUCGCCAUUUUCGCGGUGGUGUUGCACUGUGCGUGAACUGUGAUAUUCGACAAGCGGCCGAUCCGAACGGAUUGAAACAGAUGGAAGGUACGGCACGAAAGCGAGCUCGGAAGGGAAAACCUGGUGUGUCUAAGAGCGACGGCGCGACGCAAAGCGUUGAAAAUGCAUUGGAUUCGAGUACCUAUCUAACCUACGACAUCCUGAGAAUUGUCUUUAAAUAUUUAAACGCCAAGGACCUGGGGAGUUCCGCGAAAGUUUGCAGGUCCUGGAUGGAAGCUGCGAGUAAUGAGAAACGCACACGAGGCCCUUGUUGCUUUGCGCAGCUUUACACGCCUGCUUACUUAAGUAGCCUAAAGAAUCUAAGAAUUGCACCGUCAGCAGGAUUCCUUUUUUUCCCCAAGGAUAUUACACAGUUAGCAAUAGUUUCUAUACAGGAGUCGCUACCUGAAGAUUGCCAGACUAUAAUGUUACAUAGCCAAGGCAUUGUUAGGGAGAAUAAAGAAAUAGAGGUUUUUUCAUUGCCAAUUAUAACGUGUGCGUUUUUACCACACGUCCCGACAGUGAGAAUAAAGUCGUUUAAACUGGCAGAACAUUCUAACAUACAACAAACGGUUGAGUAUCAGAAGAUAAUUAGUACAAUUGUUAAUUGUGAAAUAUCUGGGUCGACUCACGAGACGUCUGCGUGUUUAAUGUUAUUCUGUAAUGUUGUGGGCAUCACCGCAGCAAAACGUUGGGCUUCAGCCAUACAAAAAAGCAAAGAAAGCAAAAUUGUUUCUGUAUGGGGUGGUGUAGUGCAAACCAUUUACGCGCCACAAGCAUAUAAAGCGAAACGAAAAUUUGGGAAUAAGUUGAAUUUGGUCCCAAAAAUGUACGAGUCAGAUUGCGUCGCUAUUGUGAUUACUGGUCCCGUACAAACGUGGUCGACGAUUUUGGAGAGGAAAUGCAAUACGAAGGAGCGAGUCGAGGAGAGAUUAAAGUUAUUCAAGGACGAAGUGAAGUUAAAGAAACAUUCCGUAGGAUUUAUGUUUGCGUGUAAUGCUCGCGGGACAGAAAUGUUCGAUGAAGCUCAUGUGGAAUCAACGAUAUUCAAAAGAUUAUUCCCCAAGGUACCCUUAGUGGGCUGCUUCGGUUAUGGCGAGUUUGGAAAGACUACUAUCGAUGAAGAAAAAAGUGACAAAGAGGAACAUAAAUACAAGAAAUCUAAAUCGUGGUAUAACGAAUUCUCUACUGUGUUUUUGAUACUUACGUACGAUUGACGUUUUUAGAGAAGACAUGCCACAUGAGUGCUGUGUGCCACGAACAUAUUUUAAUACUUGUGCGUCACUAGUUUUAGACUGGUAUUCAUACGGCUCUGUGAUUGGUUUACAAUAGCUUAAGAUUAUACCUAGGACGAUCUUAAACGUGAAAGCGAACUAUUAAUAUCAGCCUUGGAUCUUGUAUUCACGGAUCUUUUUCUUUGUUAACACGACAGGAUAUGAAAGCAAUGACAUGCAUAGAACAAAAGGAUACAAUACAAUGAACGUCAUAGCAAUAAAUUUGAGGACAGAUAUUGUAUCCUAUUCUUACAUUAGACGUAAUCUGCGAACGCGCUUUUUGUACGAAUCCCAAAAUAAUGUUACCGAGGAAUAAAAAAAAGAACAAGUUGUAACUUGUGAUAAUAUAUUCUGUUCGUACUAC